AUGGGCGACAUUGCGAUGGAGCCGUAUGGGAAGCACCCUCAUACCCAUGAGGAUGUCUUCCCCGCCACCGCUUCUCCGGCCGACAGCUUCGACGAUGAUGAGGUCAAACAGGUGCAGGCGCGGGAUUACGAUCCACGAUAUGAUCAACGUGAUAUGAGACGGUUGGGUAAAAAGCAAGAACUGAAACGUCGCUUUCGAUUCUUCUCCAUCGUCGGAUAUGUCAUGGUGUUGGGCCUGACAUGGGAAUUCUCCCUCGUCUUGACCGUCUUCUCCCUCGCUAACGGCGGUACCGCUGGUGCCAUCUGGAUAACACUCGUCGUCUGCUUCGGAUCUUUCUUCGUCAUGUUGUCCAUGGCUGAGAUGGCAUCGAUGGCGCCUACGUCUGGAGGACAAUAUCAUUGGGUCAGUGAAUUUGCGCCUGCGAAGUAUCAAAAGGUCUUGUCCUAUGCUGUCGGCUGGCUCUGUGCGCUCGGAUGGCAAGCUGCCAUGCCUACGGUCGCAUACAUUGGCGCUCAGCAGAUCAUGGCCUUGAUCUCCGUCUGCGACCCGAGCUAUGUCGCCCAAGGUUGGCACGGCGCUCUCUUGACUAUGGCCAUGGUCGCCAGCGCCAUCUCCUUCAACACAUUUGCUAUCGGCAAAUUGCCCGUUUUGGAAGGUCUGGCCGUCAUCCUGCACAUCUUCGGCUUCUUCGCUUUCUUCAUCAUUCUGUGGGUCAUGGGUCCCCGCGCGCCAGCCCAGGAGGUCUUCACCACCUUCCAGAAUGGCAACGACUGGAGCAGCGUUGGAUUGGCCACACUCAUCGGUAUUGUCGGCCCGACCACCACCUACUUGGGUGCCGACUCCGCCGUGCACUUGUCCGAAGAACUCCGCGAUGCGGGCCACGUCCUUCCACGUGCCAUGUUCUCGGCCGCCAUCAUCAACUACGUCCUGGGUUUCGCUACUACCGUCACCUUCAUGUUCAAUGUCGGUGCCAACCCGGAAGACCUCAUAGAUCCCAGCAAGAACCCCUCUGGUCAACCUUGGGUCGCUGUCAUGCUGAACAUCACGGGUUCCAAGCCGGCCGUCAUUGUGCUCAUCAUCGUCAUGAUCGUCCUGUACUUCUUCUGCGCCGUCAACCAAGUCACCACCAGCAGUCGUCAAGUCUACGCCUUCGCCCGCGACAAGGGACUUCCCUUCCAUGCUUUCCUCUCCCGCGUCCAGCCUGGCAACGGCGUGCCCACCAACUCCGUCUACGUGACCCUCAUCUUCACCAGCCUGAUCGCGCUGAUCAUCAUCGGCUCCCCGCCAGCCUUCAACAUCAUCCUCUCCGUCUCCGCGACCGGCCUCUUCACCUCCUACAUCGUCGUCAUCUCCGUCGUCCUGAUCCGCAAGCUGCGCGGGGAGACCUUCCCGCCCUCGCGCUUCAACGUCGGGCGCCGCCUGGGAAUCUUCGCCAACAUCGCCGCGUUGUGCUUCCUCUCCGUCGCCUUCGUCUUCCUCUUCUUCCCUCAGAUCCCCAGCCCGGAUGCGCCGAAUAUGAACUGGGCCAUCCUCAUCUACGGCGUCGUCGUCAGCUUCGCGCUGAUCUAUUAUUACAUCUACGGAAGGCAUCAUUAUGAUGGUCCUGUACAUUACGUGCGCAAGGAUUAUUGA